AUGUUCAGCCACAAGAUCAAUCCCCUCCUCAAAUCCCUUUCUUCAUGCUUGAUCAUGAUCCAAUUGCUCGAGACAUGCAUCGGGAAGAAGACUUCUCCCCACUGCCCACCUUCUUCCUGCGGCAAUAUUCCUAAUAUUAGCCACCCUUUCAGGCUGAAAAAGGACCCUAAACACUGUGGUAACCCAGAUUAUGAACUAGCCUGCGAAGAUAAUACCACCUAUGUACAUUUUGACUCAGACAAAUACAUUGUCCGGUCAAUCAAUUAUCCAAACCGCACAAUCCGCUUAUCUCAUGCCUCUAUAUUAGAGAAUGACAGCUGCUCUUUCCCAACGCACCAUCUGUCUCCAUACGACCUUAUAAAUAUUACCAGCGGUAGAUAUUCAAUUACACGCCGUGGUAAAUUUUCAGUUUCUCGAGUUAGGUAUUUUCACAGGCAGUAUCCAUAUGGUUUCAACGAGUCCGUCAUAAAAAAUUUGAUUGCCAUGACCUGCCCAUAUCAAGUGAAUAACUCACUUCUUCUGGAAGUUGCUUCCAAUUGUGGCCACACGGAUUAUUAUGGUCGCAACGAGUCUGAUACAAAGCAUCACAUGUACAUGAGGUCUGGCCAUUUUAAUGGAUCGUGGAUCACGGAUAAUUGUACAAUAGAUCUAACGGGGAUGACUUCAAAAUUGCCAGUACUGGCCCAGGGUGAAAAGAGUGUUCCGCUUUCAGAAAUCCACAGUUCUCUAUUGUAUGGGUUGGAACUUUCAUGGUUCAAUUCGCCUUGUGGUGGCAAGUGCGCAGAUUGUUUUGUUGACGGCAAACAAGCCACGUGCAGAAAGGAGAUGUGUUUUGUUGGUUCACAUUGGGAGAUUCCGUGUGUGAUUACAGGGGUUCUUUUCGUGAUUGACGGCGCCGAGGAUUGGAAAGUGUACUUCUACGUGUCGCCUUACAAGAGGUCGCUCGAUACUCUGAGGAAUUUGGCCAAGGCGUUUGAUAGAUCUAGGAUUGCCGGCGUUAGGGAGGAACCCAGGUUGAGGGAACAAGAUUUUGGAAAUUUCCAGGACCAAGAACAAAUGAAGAUCCAGAAAGCUGCUAGGAAGCUUUAUGGAAGAUUCUUUUACAGGUUUCCGAACGGGGAAUCGGCUGCCGAUGUUUAUGAUAGAAUAACAGGUUUUAGAGAAACUUUGAGAAGUGAUAUUGACAUUGGAAGAUUUCAGCCUCCCGGUGAGCAAAGCCCGAACAUGAACUUGGUGAUCGUCUCUCACGGGCUGACGUUGCGUGUCUUUCUGAUGAGAUGGUAUAAAUGGACUGUGGAGCAAUUCGAAGGGCUCCAUAAUAUAGACAAUGGUAAGAUGGUCGUCAUGGAAAGAGGCUAUGGUGGAAGGUAUAGUUUGUUAAUGCACCAUACAAGAGAAGAGCUAAAGGAGUUUGGAUUAACAGAUGCUAUGCUCAUUGACCAAGAAUGGCAAAAAUGCGCGAGGCCGGGCGAACUGAAUUAUGAUUGUGAGAUAACCGGACCAUCGUACUUCACCCAUUUUGACGGUGAUCAAUAG